UUUAUUAAAAUUAAUUUCAUCUCUUUACUUUUUAAAAAGUUGCAACUAGAAGAUUUAAGAUUACGUAUGUGCUUGUAUAUGUAAUUGGACAGGGCUCGUCUAAAGAACCAGUAGAUGAGCAGAGAGGAACAUGUAAUGGAAAUAACUUUUACCUUUACCCUAUUCUCUCGUCUUCCUUUCUGCAUAAAGUUCUGUGUGCCUGUACUUUCUGCUUUAUAGCCACUUAACACACACACACACACACAAAUUUCCACCAACCUUUGAAUUGCACUUUAAGUUAAUUUGACUACAGGAUCAGAUUUUGCACUGGGUAAUGGAAGACGAUGAUGAUGCAAAGCUCAAAGAAGAAAUAGAAGCUGAACUGGAUAAAAUCAGUAUUUCUUCUUUGGAAAAAGAUGAUGAUGAUAGUGAUUCAAAAUCAGAAACCCAGAGUGAUGAUAGUGAUACAGACUUAGAUGAAUUACCUGAGUCAGUUCUUCACUGUAUUAACAUCAUAAAGAAUAAGAGUAAAACUGCUGAAGAGCUCAUUCUUCAGGACUUAGAAGACACUGAUGUUUUAGGUUGUACCUAUGGAGCAGUUUCUAAUAAUCAUAUGCAUUUAAGGAUAGAACUAUCAACUGAAUAUAAAGAAAAAUUAGAUCAAUUAACAAAGAUAUUAUCUGAAAUAGAAAAAGAAGAAUUUCUGAGAAGUAAAACGCACUGUGGCAGUCCCGAUUCUGUUCCAGAGACGGGUCCUCAUGAACAUGGGGAUGAAUAUGUUUUGCCAGAUGAUGGUGAAAUAAAAUUUGGGUACUGUGAAGUGGAAGAAAGAUGUAGGCAAUCUUUUGAGGCUUGGCAAGGUAAACAGAAAGAACUAGAAGACCAAGAGAAAGAAACUCUCAAAGCUCAUAGGGAUAGAGAAGAAAAGGAAUUUCAAGAAGAAGAAGAGAAGAGACAUUGCUGGAUGGAACAAUUUGAAGUUGAAAAGAAGAAACUAGAGAAUAUUCAAAAGCAAGAGCAGGCCUGGAUGAAUGAUGAACUCCAUAAAGAAGAGGAAAUGUGGAAAGAGAAAUUUAAACAACAUGAGGAGUUUAUUAGAAACCUGAAUUUACAAAUGGAAGAAGAAAGAACAAGAUUUAAAGACCUACAGGAAAAAGAAAAAAUGCGCUUAUUAAAAAUGCAGCAUAAUGCAGCUGUAAAAAUUCAAACUAAAUAUAGAGCAUUUGUGGCCUACCAAAAAUAUGGUCCGAUUAUAAAAGAACAAAUAGAAAAUAAGAAAAAAAAAGCACUAGAGUGGAAAGAAAAGGAAGCAAAAAUACGACAGAUUGAAGAAGAAAAACAAAAAAGAUUAGAGGAGGAAAAAAAGAUAGAAGAAGAGACACAAAGACAGAAAGAAGAAGAAAGAAAAAGUAGAGAAAAAGAAUAUGAGGAAAAAAAGAAUAUUGUGAGACAAGAAAGACAGCAACUACUAAACAAAGAAAAAUUCAAAUUAAAAGAAGAUGCAAGAAAACAGCUAGUAAUAAGUAGAUCAUUAAAAAAGGGAGGACAUAAUGCCACAUAUUUAACUGUCAAAAAUAUAUCAAAGAAUGAGAAUGAAACAGGCAAAAUGCUAGGGGAUGAAAAGUCAAAAAAGUGGGAAGAUGUUCCACCUUGGGUAGCUAAAGAAUUGAAUGAAAGAGAAAAUAGAGAUAAACAACUUAUACUGAAAAAAUCAACACAAGUGCAAUUAGAAGAAUGUAUAUCAAACCAAGGAAUUUUGGCAGAAUUUAAAAUGAAAGAAAAAAAUGAAAACCUAGCAAAACAGUGUUCAGAAAAAUUGGUCAAGCAAGCAAGAAAAUAUGAAAAUACAGACCAAAAAAAUGAAUUGGAAAACCCAGAUGUAAAAGAACAUGUAGAAGAACACUUUCAGCUGCAAGAAUUAAUCUGUCCAAUAGCCCAAAAGGAAAACACCGUGGAGGCUACUGUAAAUGAGAAUCUAACACAAGAAACCCACGUAAUAACAUUAGAGCAUAAUCAAGAAGUUAAUGAAGUGAAAAACAAGAAAGGACAGAAAAUAAUACAAAAUAAUCAACACAGUAAGAUACAAAAAGUAGAAAAGGCAGAGAUAUCAGAACAGAAGGGAACUUUAUCUGGAGAGGAUAACAUUUCAGUGAUUUCAAUGAAACAAGAACUACUACCAUUAAAAUUAGAAAAUUCUGAAUAUGUAGGGGGAAAAGUAAUAUUACAAGGAAACAAAAUUGAUUUAAAAUCUAAAGAAACUGAGGAGAACCCAAAGGGCAAUGCUCUGAAUAGUGAUGUAAUUAUUAAUGCCAGUGAUGCUAUGAUAAAUGUAGAAGGCAAAGUAAACAAGCAAAAUUAUGAUUCAGCUAGAUAUACUUGCUGUGAUGACUUAGGUGGCUAUAAUACCCAAAACUCCUUGCUUUUUAAACAAGGAAACUCUCUAAAGUCUCAUAUUAAAGAAAUUCCAGAAGAGUGUCAUGAAAAUAGAGCUGAAUGUAGAAGUGUUGUGACCUGCUCUGCCCCGGAGACAGCACUUCUAUCCUCUAUUGAAGAAAAAAGGCUAGCCUGGAUAAGGUCAUUUAAACCCUGGUUGGAAAUUUUAGAGCAAAAUCAACAAAAGAAGAUUGUUAAGAAGAAGAGACUUGUGAAAUGUCCAGCCAACACGAUGCCCCCCUUGAAUACACUAGAUAUUCUUCAGUGUGGCUCCUGGAGUACUUUACAACAGGUUACAAGAGUAACGUUUCAAGAUUUGCCAGGCUGUAGUCUUUCCACACUGGCAGAGUGUACAAAUCUUCAGUUUCUCUCUCUUCAAUGCUGUGGGUUAACUUCUUUGCACAGCCUCAAUAAUUGCAAAAAACUGAAGUACAUUGAUGUACAGGACAAUAAGAUUGAAACUAUCAACUGUGAAAAUUUGGAAAACCUCUGCAUUCUUCUUCUUAAUAAAAAUCAACUGACUUCUUUGCAUGGUUUGGAUGGCUGCACUAAUAUCCAAAAUCUUGAACUUUCACAUAAUAAAAUCACUCGAAUUGGUGGUUUAGAAUCUUUGAAAAAUCUUCAGAGACUAGUUGUGGACCACAAUCAGUUAAUUAGUACAAAAGGCCUUUAUGAUACUCCUACCAUUAUAUACCUGGAUUGCUCACAUAAUCAUCUUACUAAACUGGAGGGUAUUGAAAAUUGUGGAUUGCUUCAAAUACUGAAGUUACAGGGAAAUUAUCUAAGUGAGCUUCCAUCCUUGGAGAAUCAUGUUCUACUGAGAGAACUAUAUCUGGAUGAUAACAGCAUUUCAGCUGUGGAAGCAUUUUCUUUAUAUUGGCUGCCUUUACUACAAAACCUCUCUAUGUCUCAGAACAGUUUGACAAAAAUCACACCAUUUUAUCAUUUUGUUUCUCUGGAAAAAUUGGAUAUCAGCAACAAUUGUCUUUCUGAUCUUACAAGUGCUGUAAAGUGGUUUGAUGCAUGCUGUUCUCUCCGUGAAUUGGCUCUGACUGGAAAUCCACUUCUUCAAGAAAUAAACUGGAGGGAAUCUUUGCUUAAAAGUUUACCUGCUCUAAGAAUCCUCAAUGGUGAAAUGCUAACCUGUUGUUCAGAAAGCAACAUUGAAGAACACUGUCAACCAGAAUUAGGACAUUUCCUGGCACUUUGUCAGUCCCAGACUAGAGAAUUCAACUUACUAAUUGAAAGCUACAUUACUGGAAAAGGAAAUAUUUUCACCUUGGAUGUUGCAGAAAAUCUCUGUCAUUAUUUUAAAAAAGUAAUGAAACUCAGUAAUGAAUACCGAUAUGUGCAUGAACAUGGGAAUGUAAGUAUAAUCAAGAGAGGUGAAUCAGAAGCCCAGCAAAAUUAUGUGGCUCCUGCAGAUGGUGAUAGCACACUGCAAAACCAAGCCCUUCACUCUUGUGCAACCAAACAUAACCUGGACUCACCAGAUAUUUCUGAAAAAUGGGUGGACUCUGGUUCUAGUCAUUGCCUAUUAACCAACCCCUUAUGUGAAGAUACAGAAGGAAGAAAUCAAGAAAAAAUAGUAGACCAGAAGAGAGAAGACAACACAUCAAGUGCUGUCCCCACCAAAAGAAUCCCAUUCAUGGAAACAGCAGUGACAAAUUACAUGCUGAAGAAUCACCCAAAUAUUGAACAUUAUGAAAAAAUUGUGGCAGCUACGGCAAUCCAGGCAUGCUGGCGUGGUUACAUUGUGCGUAGACAGUAUCUUUUUCCUACAAAACUACAUAUUGCUUCAACAAGACUCCUGAAAUACCACCCAAAUUCCUGCAUCAAAUAUGAAACUAUUUUAAAGAAAGAAAAAAGAGAAAAUACUGUGAAUAUCCAAGAGCAGAAGGAAAAGGCUGCUAUUCUUAUUCAGGCAGUUUGGAAGGGAUUUCUUUUGCGAAAGAAACUGACAACAGCUCUAGAGGCUAUUAAGAAUGAGGAAUCUGAAGAAGAAUAUGAAGAAAUAGAUUUAGAGGAUUUCACAUUUGAUGAAGCUGCCUUAGAGAAAGAAUGGCUAGCUUUCGAUUCCGCCUGUUUCCCUUCACAAACACAGCUUCUCGCAGACCGGCGGCACUGGCCAAAGUUCUCUGGAACCUUAAACUAUGAUGAUACUUCAUCUAAUUUACCAAGUCAUCCAGCUCAAGCAUGGUUAUAUAAUGAGAAAGAAAAUUUGUUUUCAUCGGAACACACGCAGUUUAAUGACAGAUCAGAAAAUAGAACUUUAUCCUGGACAUCUGAAUCGAAGACCGGCAGAAAGAGUUUGCUAAAAUCUGUAAAAGAGGAAAGAAUUUCAGAAGAAUGGGGCUUUAAGGAUAUAUCUACUGCUCAGCAAAUGUUGAAGAGAGCACAGAAAAUGAAAUCAAAGAAAUUAAGGAAGAAAUUAGAUGCCACUGUGCGCCUAGCAUUAUUCAAGAGCAAUGAAAAUAAAGUUUCUGUUGCAAAACCACCAGCGAAGUUACAAUCCAGAAGAGAUGGUUACUCUGAAGAUAAAGAAGAAGAAUUUUUCAACAAGGAUACUGUGGCACAUGAAAAAUUAGAUAGGAAUAAAGAAUAUACACAUCAGUGGCUUCCCACACAGGUUGGAGUUCCUGAAACAACUAGUGAAACAACUAGUUCCAGAAAUAUGAAAUGCAAUCAUUUCUUGCCUCAGUUAGAUCCAGAGGUACUUAAUGGUGGAAGAGUUCAGCUUGUGGCAAGACUUGUAAGCAGAGAAGACACGGAUUUAGACUUUUUUUCCAUGACCAGUGGAAAUGCUUUGUCUGUGAAGAGAGAGAAAAAAAGUCAGGCACACAGACACUCAGCGGGAUCUUCAAGUUUUUCAAUUAAAGGAAUACUUGCACCAACGAUAACAAAUACAGGACCUUCUAAGAAAGAACGCAUAUCAUUCCGCGACAAUCCUGUACAGCUCAGUGGUGGAUGGGGAAGUGGCAAAAAGAAGGCAAAAACCUCAAACUAACUCUUCGGGCUUCAGCAAAUGGCACUUGAUUUCUUUCAAGAGUUCUGUGGAGUCUGGUCAUGUUGUCAAUUGGAUAAAAGGUUUUAGAAUGCUGUAUUCCGUUUGUAUUAUUACACAUAUUUCUUAAUUUUGCUUUAUGGUGGAGUUAUCUAAUUUCCUUUCUGUAAAAUAGAGGUUUGCUCUUGUUCCUGUGUUCAUGUAAAAUGACCUUCAGAAAUUAAUUUUUUAACUAUUGCAAUGGAAUUUGCAUAUGCAAUUUCUUAUUUUCUUUAUAAUUUUGAUAUGUAUAUUAAAGACAGUUUCUGUUAUGAAUAACAAAUUGCAAUACUAUAUACAUACUAGACUAUAACUAUAUUUUAUUGACUUUAUAGUAUUAAUAAUUAAUAUAUUAAUAAAUUCUAUAUGACCAGAUUAUUAUAAUUAUUUCAAAGAUAAAUUGAUAUAUAAAGUAAUUUAGAAUACACAAUGAAAAUAGCCUUCAUUUUUUAUUUUACUUUGUCAUCUUAAAUAGAUUAGAGUUACAUUAAGAAAAUAUAUAGUCUAUUUAAAUUAAAAUGAAAUAAAAAUUUCAGUAUUAUCAGUUUAAUGAGUCCAACAUUUUAUGUAUAAUUUUUUAUUCAGAUGUAUGCCACCCAUAUUUAUAAAAAAUAGAUACUAAUAUUUGUUCAUUAACAUUAUUCUACUGACUCAAAAAUAUUCUAUCAUAUUAAAUUUUGUGAAGGUGACUUAAAAUUACCACUUAAAAAUAUUUUCAAAGCUCAACCUUAUCAUGUCAUAAUAUUAAUAUAUUGCCUAAAAUGACAGAUUUAUUAAACUCAUACUAUUGUGUCGUUAAUGUUCUGAGAUAUCAUAGUAAAUAAAAUGUGCAAAAUGCGGCAUUUACCUUUAUUGCCCCUUAGAAUCUUUUCUCUCCUGAAUCUGAAACUUUUUUCACAAAACUAAGUUCUCCAGUGACUCCUCAGUGUGUUGCUGUGAAAUAGGAUCCAGUGAACUUCAGUUUUCCCCCUUUUUUUCCUACUUUUUAAUGAAAUAUUUCAUCUAAAAGUGGCUAAGCAGAUUUAGAGAUGCAAUUAUUUAGUGUGCACCCCCAUCUUUUUUGGAGCACUAUUGCCUUUCAAAUCUGUAAAUUUCUUUUGACUUGAUUG